GCCAAAAUACUUUCAGUCCAUUGAAAUUGUUUGAAACCACUGUAAUCCAGUCUUUGCAUAUCAGACAUGUCGACCAAUGGAAAGCACUGCGUCCAAUGCGCCGGCAAAACCAUCGAAACCACCGUAACAAAGAGAGGCGCCGCCGUGAGCGACUGGAUCCGCGACAUUCGCUCCAAACACGCCGGGAAGUCGUCGGUGGUUGUCGGCUUGGACAGGGAGUGGCGUCCCAACACUGCGCCCAACGUCAGCAACAAGACCGCCACGCUCCAACUAUGCGUCGAAGAAAAGUGUCUCAUCUUUCAGCUCCUUCACGCCGACGAGAUCCCCGACGCGCUUAAGCGCUUCAUGUCGGACUCGACGUUUGCUUUCGUGGGCGUCGAGGUUGCCAACGAUGUCGGGAAGCUGAGGGAAGAGUAUGGGCUGGCGUGUGGUAAGAGUGUGGACAUUGCUGAGCUGGCAAGUGCUAAGUUUCCGGGGAAGUUUAACCAGCAGGGGGUUGGGCUGACGAGUCUUGCCAAGGAAAUAUGUGGAAUUGACGUGGCAAAGCCGGAAGAUGUUCGGCGCAGCGAUUGGGCGGCGGCGGAGCUGAGCUCUGUUCAAGUUCAGUAUGCUUCCAUUGAUGCUUAUGCUUCGUUUAGGGUUGGGCAGUCUCUCCUCCAUGGAAAUUAAUUAAUUCAUGCUUGAUCAGUUUCCAUUGUUGGGACGUUCUGUUUCUUACUUGCUUUGUUUUUCUAUCAAAUAUUUAUGCAUGAAUAAUAAUGUACGUGCUCCCUUCCGGGUUACGCUUCUAUGAAAUUCAGUAUUAAAAUUUAAAUUU